UUGGCUCCCCUUUCCCUCUCUCCUGCUUCAGCAGUUCAGCUUUUGUCCCGCUCCAGACUUGCACUCUCACUCUCCAUCUCUCUCUUUUUACAAGUGUGUAUUCCUAUAUGGUUAUAUAUCUUAAGACCCUUUGAUUUGUAGAGGUGGGGAGGGGGAUCUAUAGAGGAUGAAAGGUCCAUUUGGUGCAGUGGUAGGGAAUGGUGAAGUGGACGGUGGCAGUGGGGGUAUUGUAAAAGGCAAGAGGAAAUGCAGAGAUGUGGCGUUUCUGGUCAUCUUCAUUGCCUUCUGGGUGGCUAUGAUUGUCAAUUCCAGCUUUGGGUUCAACCAAGGAAACCCAUUGAGGCUAACUUAUGACCUGGACUAUAAAGGCAACAUUUGCAAUGACAGACAUGCAGAACUUGACCUUCGUGAGUUGGAACUCAGAUAUUGGUUAAACCCGAAUGUGGUUUUUCAAAGUGGGUUGAAGGGCAGCCAUGUCCAGCUUGCCAAUGCCCGAAGUAUUUGCUUGAUGGACUGCCCUAAUCCCUCAGAAGACUCGCUAUUUUGGGUCUGUGACUAUCCAGAGGGUGACAUUCAUCUCUCUGUUGAUGACUGGAUUGAUAGAAACUAUGAUUAUUUUGAGGACCUUACUCCUGAUUUAAGGAACACUUCUCUUCUGCUUCAGGGUCCUUGCUACCCAGUCUUAUUUCCUACUGUUAAUGUUUAUAAGAGCUGUCAAAUUAUCACCCGUGCAUCAAAUGUGUCUUUGCGGCAUUGGAAGGAGAUGGGUGGAGUAGACAUUAUAGAAGAAAUUGUAAUAGAUAAAUACAUUCACAAUUCCAUAAACUCGCUGUCAUCUGUCCUAAAGAGAUAUAUAGCUGAUGUUGCAAAAUCAUGGCCUGUCUUGAUUGUUUGUGGAGGAAUUUUGCCAGUAUUCCUGUCAAUUAUAUGGCUUUUGAUGAUCCAUCACUUUGUUGCUGCUAUGCCAUGGAUAACAGUUAUCCUUUUCAAUAUCCUCGUUAUAUCAGUUACAAUGUUCUACUACUUAAAAGCGGGAUGGAUUGGAAAUGAUGCGAUAUCCCCCAUAAUUGGACAACAUGAUCCAUAUUAUCAUGUAUCUGCGAGGGAGGUAACUCAUCUCCAUGUUGCUGCAAUUAUUAUGACUGCCGUCAUGAUUAUUGCCUUUUUAUCAUCUAUUGCCAUAGUCCGACGUAUACUUAUGGCAACAUCUGUUUUGAAGGUUGCUGCAAAAGUCAUUGAAGUAAAAGCGCUAAUAAUCUUCCCCAUAAUUCCAUAUGCUGUCCUUGCAAUCUUUUACACGUUUUGGUUCUCGGCUGCUUUCCAUCUUUUCAGUUCUGGGCGGGUUGUCCAGAAUGAAUGUAGCGCUAAUUGCUGUGCUUAUGAUCUUAAAGCAAAACGGGUGAGCUGUGAUGGUUGCUGUGGCUAUAGCAUCCAACAGACUCCACAUAUUGCCGCUGCAAUUCUUUUCCACGUAUUUGGCUGCUACUGGGCUACACAGUUUUUUGUGGCAUGCUCUUCUGCUAUUGUUGCAGGAUCAGUUGCUUCAUAUUAUUGGUCUCGAGGCAAAACAUCGCCAGAGAGUCCAUUUGUCUCAGUUUUCUCCUCAACGAAGGAGCUUCUACGCUACAGCAUUGGGUCUGUUGCUCUUGGUUCUUUGAUAGUAUCCUUAGUUGAGUCUAUCCGGUUCAUACUUGAAGCACUUCGUCGCAAACUUAAAGCGUCUAGUUCUACAUCAGAAAACUGGGCGGGGAGGAUGGUGUUUUAUACCUCUCAGGGUUGCUUAAAGUGCAUUAGCUGGAUCGUCAAAUCUGUGAACCGUAAUGCUUAUGUAAUGAUAGCUAUUACGGGAAAGAGCUUCUUUAAAGCUUCUGAGACAGCCACAGAACUCAUUAUAGGUAACAUCCUUCAGAUAGGAAAGGUGAAUGUUAUUGGUGAUGUUGUCCUCUUUCUCGGGAAACUAUGCGUGAGUCUUGCAAGUGCACUUUUCGGCUUUCUCAUGCUGGAUGCUCACAAGUACAAGUCCACACAUCACAAGAUCUCCUCCCCGCUAUUUCCUGUGCUGGUAUGCUGGAGCCUCGGGUAUGUUGUGGCUUCCCUUUUCUUUGCAGUGGUGGAGAUGUCAAUCGAUACCAUCAUCCUUUCGUUUUGCCAAGACUCUGAAUUGCACCAUGGAACUGCCCAAUACGCCCAUCCUUUGCUAAUUCAGACUUUAAAUGACCAAAAUGAGAUGCAAGGACUUGCAGAAUGAUCAUUUUGAUGCAAAACCGCAUCAUGUCAGGUAAAAUAUGGAGUGAUGGAAUGGAAUGGUUAUAACCAUGUUGUGCUCAAAUGUAUGCAUUUUAGAGGUAAACUGCUUCUAAUAAAUGCUAUAUUCCUUGAACAAAAAUAUUAGAAGUAUAUGUAUGAGUAGGAGGCAGAAAUGUUGUACCUAUGAGCUACUCUUGUACAUUAGUAGGUUUCUCUUUUCAACACCAUACAUACAAUCUAUCAAAGUAUUAGUGGGAAUCAUUCCAGUUUC